GAGAAUGUGAGGUUAAAACAAUAAAAUAUUUAUAAAUAAAUAUGCUGUGAAAUAUGUUUACAAGACUGUUUAGUUUUGUUCAGUACCGUAUCGUACCAGUGACUCAAAGGAAAUGUUUCUUGUGUAAUUCCCCGACAAAUACCACAACCGUUAAAACAAUUGGAAAGAAACACAGUGCUCAAAAAUUGGAGGAACUAUUCGACAUCAGACGUUACGAUGCACUGGAAAUCGUCUCGAACAAUAAAAAGUUGUGCAACGUCCCGGUCACGCACAUACAAAACAACUACAACAUUUUCGUGAACAGGAACAUAAAGGCCAAGCAACUGCUGCAGUUCCCUGAGGCUUUAGCUGCGGAAAAUGUGGAACAAAAACUAAAAGAUUUAAAAAAUCUGCCGUUUGAGAUAGAGAAAACAUUUCCGUUGGUCGCCCUAAAGACGAUUCAGGUGUUGAAGGCUAUUAAUGAAGAAAAAUGUAAUAAAAGAAUUGAACAUAUUAGCUUGUUAUUGGACAGUAGCAUUAAUGAAACGUGUCAAAUGCUGGCGAGGCGGCCGUUUUUGAUAACAUCUGACUUGCACAUUAUUGAGAACAACGUAAAAAUUCUUUUAGAAUAUGGCAUCAGUUUGGAGGACAUUAAACAUGACCUGUGGGUUUUGAGAUACAAUUCGGACACUAUAACAGAUAGAUUGGAAAUAGCCAAACAAAGUAACAGUGAAAUUCUUAAGACUUGGAUGGUUAGGGCGCAGCUACCGCAUUUUUACACAUAUUUAAGGCGACAAACUGAUAAUAGAGAAAUACUAGGUGAUUCUUCAUUGUCUGAAUAUCUGUCAAAGAAGCUGUGUUGCACUGACUCAGUGAUACAAAUUUUAAUAUCAAAACACCCACAGCUAAAGUCUAAAAGUUUGAAAAAGGUUGAAAAAAUGAUAGAUUUUCUGUACAGUCAAGGCUUUUCCCCAAUCCAUAUUAUAAAGGUGCCGAAAAUUUUAUUGCACAGCGUUGAAACAACCAGGAAGAGACUGUUGGAACUGGAAGCUCUAGGAUUUAAAGUGGACAGUCUCUCUGUAUUGACCAAGAGUCAAAAGCAGUACAUGAUGUAUUAUGAAAACUUGGUCAAAUGCAAUAAAUCUAAGAACACAAAUAUACCCCAUUUAUGAAACUGAUAAAA